ACACGACGGCAAUACAUGUUAACGGGCACUGGAUUGGUCGAGAAUUCAAAAUGUUGGUUAUUGCAGGCGAUGCCGCACUGAUGGUGCUGAUGUUGUGACGUUAGACGUUUCAUUCUGGUAAUACUGGUUAAUUGCUGGUGUCCCGAGGUUCCACUUGCGAAUUUCCGUAAAAAUUUUACUGAUAUGGCUACGAUGAGUUCGAUAUCAAACGUUGAGAAUCUUUCACCACAAAUAAUACGCCGUGUAGUCAAGGAGAUGAGCGAUCUUUCCACUCAACCUCCAGAAGGGAUCAGAGUCAUUAUAAAUGAAGAAGAUGUUACAGACAUUCAGGCUGUCAUUGAGGGGCCAGCCGGUACUCCUUAUGCUGGUGGUUUCUUCAGAGUAAAACUUGCUUUGGGAAAAGAUUUUCCACAGGGACCGCCGAAAGCAUUUUUUUUAACAAAAAUUUUUCAUCCCAACGUCGCUAAAAAUGGAGAAAUAUGCGUUAACACUUUGAAGAAGGAUUGGAAAUCAGAUCUCGGAAUACAGCACAUAUUGCUGACAGUAAAAUGUCUAUUGAUAGUCCCCAAUGCUGAAUCAGCUUUGAAUGAAGAGGCAGGUAAAUUACUUUUAGAAAGAUAUGAUGAUUAUUCGGAACGAGCUAAAAUGAUGACCGAAAUCCAUGCACAGGGUGGUGGAAAAGGAGCCAAGGCUGGUCUCGAAAGUUCCGCUUCCACCAACGCGGGUGGCCCUCUACCCAAAAAGCACGCCGGGGAUAAAAAACUUGCUGCGGAAAAGAAAAAAAUCUUAAAAGAUAAAAAAAGAACACUCAAACGGUUAUGAAAGAAUAGUAAUAAUAAUUGAACCCCCCGUUUUUGAUCAUUUAAAACUCUGGCGUGGAUAAGAUGUCUUAUACAUUGUACACAGUAACUUCAUAUUAUUAAAAAUUUAUUACAUAGAGAUGACUGACCUUGUUAUUAAGUAAUUAGAAAGAAUUUAAAUAUCCAUAAGAGAUAAAAUGAAAAUAUAAACUCUGGCUGAGAGUCUAAGUGAGGAAAUGCUAAACUUCUGUUCAAUUGUACGACAUAAUUAUCUACAAGUGCAAAAAUAAUUUAGGCAAUACCAUCUGGUCGUUCAUACAUGUACGAUCUUUGGGCUAAGAAAUAUUUUUACAUACAAUAUGUACAGAAUCUAACAUAGUAUGAUAUGAUGUUCUAGAUUAUUUAAAUUAGAUAUAAGCUUGUAUCUUCAGAAUCUUACCUAUUACAUAUUAUCACGUGAUUCCAAAGUUUAUGUUACACAUAUACAUGUGCAUCGUCAUCGAACAGAUCAGUCCUCUAUUAGGCAAUUUUGUAUACAAAAUUAUGUACCCUUUUUUUCGUUUUUCUAUCAAUUGCAAAAAUUUAUUAUUGUGUAUAUCAUAUAACUGUUAAAUUUAUUUCAUUCUUAAAAGAGAAAACUCUAUUGAAGCGUAGUAAUAAUCAUGUGAUUUGUAAUAAAAAUGUCUUUAUGAAAAAAUUAUGAUUUUCUAAAAAGUGAAGCAAGUAAUCUGAAAAAGAUUGGAACCGUUUUGAGGAAUAUAUUUGUACGCAAGUAUUGAGAUGGAAAAAUUUGAUGAAAAAUUAAUAUUUUCGAUAGAUAAAGUGUUGGUCAAGAAGUUCUCCAUAGUUCCAAGAUAGAUUGAUGCAUUUCUUGAUCAAAUUCAGUGAAAUCAAUACGGAUUGUUUGUGCUUGAAAUUAUUUGCUUGAAUGAAGCCACUGUGUGUAAAAGCGAUUUCAAUGUCACAAGUAGACUUUGUGAAAAUAUAUAACAUAGCUUGGUAAUUCUAAUUGUGCUUCAAAAUUUGAACAAAGGAAUAAAAUGUGCUUGAAUCGUUAGCAUAAUUUAUAUCGUAAUACUUCUGUUCCAAAUACACGUCAGUUAAGUAGCACUAACGCAAUUUUUUAUACAGAUAUUCACAAUGCACCAAAAUUGACGGAAAAAUACCAAUGACGUGUUUAGCUUUCUUGACAAAAAAAUUGUUCAUCGACAGAUGCAUUUAUCACUUAUAAAUUCAGGAUUAGCUAUUACUCUUUGUAAUGCUACACGGUAUGAGACGGGGAUGAUGUUGAAUAAACAACGAGGUAUGAGUUGUAUUUUUUUUUUUUUCUAUUUAUUUAAAUCGACUUUAGAGUCUUUCGUUGAUCAGUCUUGCAUUAUGAGAGUCAAAGGAGUGUAUUGGAGAUACACGUCGACACCCAGUAAUAUCAGGCCAUUAUUGAGAAAGAAAUUAGUUACUGAUGACCUGACUGAAUUAUAUGUUCACAGCCUUAACACAUCGCAGCUCAAUUAUUUGCGGUGGUUUUUUCCCCUCAUAUUUUUUUCUUCUCAAAAUCUUGCAUAUGUCAUUAUUUGAUAACGACAAUAGUUCACUAUGGUGAAAAAAACUCAUCAUCAUCUUGGAUACAAUUACAAAUGAUUACAAGCAUUUUAAACGUUAUAAUGUUGUGUGUAUUGUAUAAUUUCGUUAUCGACACUGUUAAGACGUUUCUAUAACAAUUACCCACUUUAUUGUAAAUGUGCUACACUUAAAAUCUGCGUAAUUUGAUUAUUAUUAAAGAGGAUGAUGAUAAUACGAACGCCACUUACAUAAGGCUAAAGUUAUUUUUACAGUGUUGCCUUCAACUUAUAUUUAUUAAGGGCUAUAAGCACAUGACGUACUUUGAUAAAUAACAACUUUUGAAGGAGAAUUUGAGUGUAUUUUUCAGUUUAUGAUCACACACGCACGGUAUUACAUACAAAAUUCAUACAGCCUUUAUAUUAUGUCACAACUUUGUAUUCUUUCCCAUGUCUGAUGGACAUUUUUUUUACCUCGGAUGCCAAAAAUCACGGUACGAUUUUACUCUGCAGCUUUUUCAUAUUGCAUUUGAGUUGUUAUUAGGUAUCUAAACUCUAUGAGUAGUAGAACGUCAAACAUAAUUAAAAAAUACUCAUUCCGA